AUUCUCUGAUACUUGCCCUGAACGCGGAAGUGCAAAGAAUGAAAGGAAAGGAAAAAACCGCUAUAAUUUAUAUUAUUUUUUCUGAUCAAUUAGUUUGCUCUGUUAGCUUAGAGACUAAAUCUAUUUCUGGUGUCUGACAAAAGACAAGUUUAAAGGUUCUGUAUUGUCCCCAAAACAGUUCUAUGGAGAUGGUGUAACAGAAAGUACUAACAAUGUUUUGUUGUAUGUCGCCUGAUAAAGAGAAGGAACCCACCAGACUAACAGACGACCAGAAACGUAUUAUCCAACAGGUGUGGUCUGAGGUCAGACACCAAAUUGAUGAAGUGGGCGUGGAAACGUUCCUUCGGUUUUUUAACACCCACCCAGAAGCCAUGGAUUCCUUUUUGGUGUUUAAGAACAUGGAGGUCGUAGACCUCGAGACAAAUGUCCAACUGAAAGAGCACGCGCUCAAAGUAACAAGCGUCGUAGACAAAUGCGUGGCCAGGAUCAACGACCCGAAAAGUUUCGAGACGAUUUGCCGUGACCAGGGGAUCAACCACGCUGGCCGCAUUGUGACAGACGAGUUCCAGCGCUCGCUUCGUGACAAAUAUAUUGAAGCCAUCAAAGCUCGAACGUCUGUCGCGUGGAGCGCUGAGCACCAAGAAGCCUGGGAGACGUUUUUUAAUAUCAUGCAGAGAGACAUGAUGAACUCCAUGAGACAUAUGAAUGCAUUAAGAGAUCGCAAAGAGUAAAGUUUCCAUUGUUUUGUCUUUAACAAAUAGAAUAAAAUCUCUAUUCUCUUUGAAA